GCGAUGCAAAUCUUAUGUACGUGUUUAUAGCAAAAAGAAGGAGUUAUUUUCCAAUGGAUUGAUCUAUAUCAAAAUACGGAUCCAUGGGAUUAUAAAGGAUAACAUAUACCAAAGUAUCAAAAGGAAAGGAUUUGAGAUAUGGACUUCCAGGGCUAUCUAGAUGUGUGGAAAUGGCAAGUAGCAUGUUUGUUUUUCCUUUGUAGCUGGGGCUGGGUCUCUGGACAGCUUCAAUAUUCUCUCAUUGAGGAGUCAGAUCCAGGAACUGUUGUUGGUUAUUUAGCUAAAGAUCUUGGGUUCAAUCUAGCAGACAUCUAUAAACGUAGACUUAGUUUGGGGUCUGAGGGACAUGGUGCAUAUUUUGCUGCAGAUCAGAAAAAUGGAAUCCUAACUGUGAAGGAAAGGAUUGACAGAGAAAAUAUUUGUGGCUCCAGUACACAUUGUAUAUUACAUCUAGAAGUUGUGGCUGAAGAACCUUUGGAGUUGUUUAGCCUAGAAAUUGAAAUUGUGGAUGUAAAUGACAAUUCUCCCACGUUUUCUGCUGGUAAUCAAAGGAUAAAAAUUAUAGAACUAGUGACUAGUCCUGGCGUUCGGUUCCCUUUAGAAAUUGCACAAGAUCAAGAUGUAGGUUCUAAUUCUAUAACACACUAUGCAUUGAACAAAAAUCCAUAUUUUUCUUUGUUUGUAGAGACUCAGAAAGAUGGUACGCUUGUUCCUAAAUUAGUUUUAGAAAAAAUUCUUGAUAGGGAAGAAAAUCAAGAACAUAAAUUAAUACUAACUGCCUUUGAUGGGGGAGAAAAACCUCGGUCAGGAUCAUCUGAGAUAAUUGUUACUGUUUUAGAUAUUAAUGACAAUGCGCCACAGUUUUAUCAGUCAGUUUAUAAGAUCAGUAUAGUGGAAAAUCUCCCAUUAAAAACCAUUGUCAUAGCAUUGAACGCUACAGAUUUAGAUGAUGGUGCCAAUGGUGAAAUUAUAUAUUCCUUUGAUCAUCACACAGUGGAUAAAAUAAAGAAAACAUUUGACUUGAAUUCUCUCACCGGAGAAAUAUUUAUUAAGGGAGCUGUUGAUUAUGAAGAAUCACAGUUUUAUGAAUUGUCUGUUAGAGCCAUAGAUAAAGGUGUCCCUGAACUUGAGGGACGAUGUAUUGUACAGAUUGACAUAUUAGACGUAAAUGACAACACACCAGAAAUUAUUUUUACGUCUAAGACAAAUGAAGUGCCUGAAAAUGUAGCAAUAGGAACUAUUGUUGGAUUCAUCACAGUGAAGGAUAAAGAUUCUGGAAAGAAUGGAGAAAUACAGUUGGAAGUACCAGCAGAUCUACCAUUUAAAUGCCAACCUUUUAAAAACCGUUAUACGUUAGUAACAACCGGAUACCUGGACAGAGAGAAUGCGUCAAAAUAUGCUAUUCAACUUGGAGCCUCUGAUCUUGGAUCUCCUUCUUUACACACUCAGACAAUAAUCUAUCUCAGUGUUUCUGAUGUGAAUGAUAAUUCUCCAGCAUUCAAGCAAUCUGUUUACAAAGCCUUCAUAAGAGAGAACAAUGACCCGGGGAGCUUAUUAUGUACAGUAUCAGCAUCUGACCCUGAUGAGGGGGAUAAUGCAAAGCUGAAAUAUUCUAUCAUUGAAAGCCAAAUCGAUGGUUCUUCUGUCUCUUCUUUUGUAUACAUCAACCCUGACAAUGGCAACAUUUAUGCCCAGCGCUCUUUCGACUAUGAACAAUUCCAAGUUCUUGAAAUCACUGCGAGUGUGGAAGAUUCUGGAUCUCCAAAUUUAUCUUCCAAUGUAUUGGUUUUUAUAUUUAUUUUGGAUACAAAUGACAACUACCCCUCUGUGCUCUAUCCAGGGAAUUUGGGGGAAUUAAGCACCAAAGAAAGGAUCCCCAUUUCUGCAUCUGUUGGUUAUUUGGUUACAAAAGUGUCUGCAGUGGAUCUGGAUUCUGGCCAUAAUGCCUUGAUUGCAUAUGGUUUAGAUGAGCCUUCCGACCCUAGUUUGUUUCAAGUAUCUGAAUACACAGGUGAAAUCAGAACACUUAGAGCUAUUCAAGAAACCGAUAGCACUGAACAACAUCUUGUAAUAGUAGUCAGGGAUCACGGAGAGCCUUCACUAUCAACUACAGUCCCCAUUGUCAUAAACAUAAUUGAUGACAUGGCUCAAGAAAUGCAUAAGUCACGCCAUUUUCCCAUUAACACUAAACCCACAUCAGAUGUGACAUUGUAUCUUAUUAUUUCCCUUGUGGCCAUUAGUUUGGUUUCACUUGUUACAUUCAUUAUUUUGAUUGUAAAAUGCUUUAGGAAAGAACAUGAUGAAUCCAGUUGUGGGUUUUGUUUUCCAAACAAGACAUAUUCUAAGGCCUAUGCAGAUAAGUAUCAGCCAACACUUUACUUAAACACAGAUGGGACAUUAAAAUACAUGGAAGUCAGAAUGGCUCCACCGGAACCACAGGCACAAUGUUAUUCCGUUUGCUUUCCUCCAGCAACAGAGAAAUCAGAUUUUACUUUGACGAAACCUUUGAACUUCCCUCAUUUAACCGAUAUUGAUAAGGAGACUGACCACUCUUCUGACCCAAGCUGGUUGAAAGAGCCAAACAAGCAGGCGCAGCCUAACACUGAAUGGCGUUUCUCGCAGGCUCAACGACCUGGCCCCAGUGGAGCUCAACCCACAGAAGAAGCUGGAGUGUGGCCAAACAACCAGUUUGAAACAGAGAGACUUCAAGCAAUGAUUCUGGCAUCUGCAAACGAGGCUGCUGAGGGAACAUCGGGACUCGGAGGAGGAACAGGAACCAUGGGUCUCAGUGCUCGGUACGGACCCCAGUUUACCCUGCAGCACGUUCCUGACUAUAGGCAAAAUGUCUACAUCCCAGGAAGCACACUUACACCUACCAAUGCUGCAGGAAAGCGAGAUGGAAAAUCGGGCGGUAACAAGAAGAAAUCUGGAAAAAAAGAGAAAAAAUAGGAAGCUGAAAAAGGGUGGCUUACAACCACAGGGCAAUAUUCUCUGGAUGCUUCCCCAUUUUAAACACCGAGGGUGAAGUUGAAUGUCAUCUUUGGAAAGAAAUGUAUUAAAAAAAUAUAAAAAUCUGUUAAGAAUGUGUCAUCAUCAGGCCUACUAGUAGAAUUGUGUCUUCAAUUGUGGAUUUUUCUGCUUUUAGACCUCAUGAUGAAAGCAUUAAGUCAAACCUCUUAAACAAGUGCCCUGUGUAUAUUCGCUAAUGUUUUGUAUAAGUGCAAGGCAAUUUCAUAGCUAACAAUAUGCACUCUUUUUACAAACUGUUAAAAUUUGAUUUGUUCCCACACACAUACUUGUGGAACUUCUUCCAUUGUAUAUAACUGCAGCUAAAUAGAUAUUUAUAAUUUAUACGCAUUCAGGUAUUUGAAAAAUAUUCUAAGCUUGUAGCCCAUUUUUUCAAAUUUCUUGUGAUUUUCUUUUAAAAAAUCUUUUUUUGUUGAGAAAAUAAUUACCGGCUAUGAUCGAAGACUUUAUUUGCUUACAGCUGAGCAACAGUGGUUGUGCCUAAAAAAAUCAAGGAAAAAAUGAAAAUGCAUUUAUUAAAUAGCAUCAAACAAUUAGGGACAUUUCUAUCAAAGCAAAAUGAGAAAUUCUUCUUUAUAGUAUUUAGAUUUUGAAUCAUUAUUUUAGUAUUUUGCUUUAGAAUGUUUGGUAGAAACCGUAUACUUCUGCUGAUUGUUUCAGAGUUGGCACACCAAAAUAGCUCCAGUUCUUCAGCGCUUUAAUAAAUAUGGCUGAUGUAUGUCGGCCAUAAUUAUUAAAGUACUAGUUAAAUCAGCAUGUCCCAUUAGACAACAAGCGAUUAAAAUUUAAUGCAUCCGGGUAAUUGCGUCUUAUAUCAAUUAAACUGGGAAAUGCUCACUAUGAAGUUUCCAAGUUGAAGUGCAAACUCUCCACUCUCCUAUUUUGCUUUGUGUAGUCGUGUUUCACUAAAAGGAUGACUUUGUGUGCAUUGGUACAUAGGCAACAUGUUACAGUCUGGGAAAUGGGGAAUUCACCCAGUGAAUUGUACAUAUAAAGCUGUUGGUUAACAUGUUCAUUGUCUUGUGCAGUACAUAUGUUGCUACUGUACUUAUUGAUGUUUUUGGUGAUUUUUUUUCUAUUUUUUUCUGGAAGAAAAAAAAUAAAAUAAAAAAAAACAAGGCCCUCAGUUUCUGAGUUUUGGGUAAUUCUCCUAGAAAUAUAACAUGAUUUUAUGUAUGAUAAAAGCAGUCGGAGCUUUCCAUUUUGAUCGGCUCUUGCACUUCUACAUAUGGAAUUGCAUGUAUUAUUUUCACAAGAUUAACAAGAGCUCCACUGGACUAAAGAUUUUCUUGCAUGUAUCCAGCAUGGGAUAAUUCAUUCUUUCUAGAGAAUGGUAACUAGGUAAGCAUAUGGCGUGCAGGUUAUACGUUUAUGGUUAGAAAGGUAAAGGAUUGCUUAUAUGGGGGGAGGGACAAAAAAAACUAAAAUAUUGGUGUUUUUUGUUGUACGGGAAGUACAAUACUGUAUAUUCCAGUCAUGUAAAAUCAUAAUGGAUAUAGCAUAUUAUUAAUUGAACAGUGUUUUAUUGUGGUGGGUAGACGUAAUGAAUAAUGUAGACGAACGUGCAAAGAAAUUUAGGUCAAAGCAUCUUUAGACACACAUUGGCUUUGUAAAAAAAAAAUCAGAGUAACUCAAACAAACAAAUAAAACACUGUUCUAUGGCUAUAUUUGCUUUAAUGGUUUAAGGUUGUGUAUGACUUGUUGAACAGGUGCCGGCCGUGUCGAUAUGGAUUGUUCUAUUCUCACUGUUUUGUGAGGAUUUGUUUCUUGGGUAUAAACUUUUUUUUUUUAUUUUGUCAGACUAACACCAUCCCACUUCUUAAAUUAAUGCACUAUAAAUCAAUAGUCUAUUACAUCAUAACUCUCUGUCCCCGUGUACUAAAUUGUCAGACCGGACAAUGAAAGAGUAUGCUAAUCCUAACACCCCUCCCCCCCAGGGUUAUAUAGUAGUAAUUAUUUUCACUGCUAGUAAUGCUAAUGCAUAACGCAAUCAUGUGAGUAGGUUAGCAGUAGUUUAUGUUUUGCUAUUUUUUAAUGCCUUUAAAAAGAAAAAAAAAUCAUUGUAGGAAAGCUAUUGUUGUGUAUAAGUAACGUGUUUAUUUUCCACCUAGUAGCUAACUCGUGGACAGCAGUAUUUUAAUAUCCUCUAUCUUUUUCUGUGUGGUUUGUGAUAUAAAUGUACAUGAGAUGAAAUGCACCUGUCUUUACAAUGUGUCUAAUACUGAAUUAUACUUACAUAUUAUAUAAAUAUAUAUAUAUAAAUAUAUGCUUCUUCCCUUUCCUGUAUCCAUAUAGAGCCAUGUCAUUGUAUUACAUGCAAGUUUUAUACUCUGUUUUUUAUAUCGCUUUCUUUCUUUGGAAAAAAAAAAAAGAAUAAAAUGUUUUCUUCGAA